AGCAGCAAGAAUCUAGACAACUCUCUCGAGAGUGAUUGUCAACACCGCUACUGGCACCGACGGACGAGCCGACGUCGCGUGCUCCCAACACUACACUUCGAGGAGGUAUCUAGCUUCGAGAGGAGGUCCUAGCCUAGACCCAUGGCGGCCACGCGGCGCGUAGUGGAGCACCUCGUCUUCUUCCAGGUCAAGCCCGACACCCCCGCCGAUCGCGUCGCGGCGUUUCUCGCCAACCUCAACGCCCUCCGCUCCCUGCCCGGCGUGCUCUACCUCUCCGCGGGCCCUGCGCUCCCCGCCGCCCCCGCCGUCCCCGCGGGCGCGACUUCCGCGUCACCGCCCGCGAGCCCGUGGACGCACGCGCUGAUCGGGCGGUACGAGUCGCGCGACGCGCUGCAGGCGUACGCGGUGUCGCCGGCGCACGUGGCGGUGGUGACGGAGAACGUGAAGCCCAUCAUCAGCGACAUCGCCGCCGUCGACUGGGAAACAGACGUGCCUGCUUUUGACGCCUCUCCUGAUGCCUCCUCCCCGCCGGCGCAUGCGGCGGUGCAUACUGCCAUGAUCCAGUGGCUGGAGUCCGCGUCACCAGACGCCAUUGCAGCAGCAGUGGCCGAGUUGAGGUCCAAGCUCACUGCUGCCUCUGUUGGGUCAUCAGGAUCAGCGCCAUCAGCACCAGCAGGGCCAGCAGGGUCUGCAGGGUGUGCAGAGGCAGAGAGCCCAGUGUCUGUGGGGGAGAAUUUCUCUCCGGCGCGAGCCAAGAGCUUCGCGUGGGGCUUGGCGGUGUAUGCAAGGGACGAGGCCAUGGGGGGGAAGCUUUGGGAGCAGGAGGCAUGCAGGGCGGUGCUUGAGCUAGCUGAGAGGAUCGACUGCGUUCAUAUGCCAGGCACUUGCUCUGCCAGCAGUUAGCAGUACUGUAUGAGAAGUGCAUCGGGGAAGAAUACUAACCCCAUGUGUUUGCACGGCAAGGGAUCCAGACACGUGCCAGUGCCACACAUUGGGCUAGCCAGCCAGUUAGUUACUGAUGUUACUGGAUCGCUGAUUAGGUAGCUCAAGUGUACAUGCAUUGAUGAGCACCCUAAGC